AUGAAGACAUCCGCAGUCCUCCUCUCCGCCCUCGCGGCUCUGGCCCAGGCCCAGCUGAUGCCAAUCGACCAAAUCGACCAGAUCGGCCCCAUUGUACUCGCCGGUCCCAUCCAAAUCCCCGAUGUCAAGGGCUACCUGGUGCAGCAACUGCCCUUCAACUCGGCCAUCAAGGCGCCGCUCGACUGCAACACCACCGAGACGUACAUCGGGUCGCGGGUCCUGAAGGGCUGGCAGCCGACUGCAUGCGCGGCCGUCUGCAACGAGCAGAGCGGUCAGAAGGGUGUCAGCAAGAAAUGCCGCGCCUUCAACUCGUACCUGACCUACGUCAACGGCCAGCCUUUCGGAAGUGUUUGCUCCAUGUACACCGUCACCUGGGGCAUCCAGCACGCGAUCAACAACGGCCAGGCCCACAAUGGAGCCAACUACACGCUGGGCUACAGCUACCUUUUCACCAACGCAUCCGAGCCCGCUUACCCGUGA